AUGUCCUCAACCAAUACCGAAGAACGCCUCCGCAAACUCUGGCAAGACAAGCAGCGCCAAGAGCACGCGAAGAUGCGUCUCUGCGAUGACCUUCAGCGCGACGCCGUGACCUACAACAACAAGGCCCUCCACUAUCGGCAAGAGCGAGAUUUCUUCCAAUCAGUUCGAAAUGGCGUCCGUAGGCAGGAGGCUCAGCUCUCGCUUGUACGUACUUUGAGAAACAAGAUACAUUCUUCCCUUUUAGUGCCCAUCAUCUCGAAUCGGCAAUUAGCUAAUGAGCCAUUGCAGGAACAAUGGUCAGCGCAUGCGGUGGGCAAACACUACGACCUAGGGAAGCAGAUCCAAAAGCUCGUCGUCAUCACUGCGGCCCGCAAGAAGCUCCAAGAACAGCUCGGUAUGCCUGCUACUGAGGAUGGAUAUGUCGACUGCGGCAAGCAUGCUGGAAUCGGGAAAUCGUGGCUAACCAAUCCUCUGCAACAGGAAGUUUUCGACAAGAGGGCCGCGGACCGCGACGAGAUUCUCGAACUCGAGAUCAACGUGCUCCUAUGUUUGACCCGCCUCCGCAAGCUAAUUCAACGCAAGCUCCGCAUGGCGCCAACGCGGGUCGACUACCUCUACAACGGCAACACCUCAAAUCGGGGCGAGCGCUUCGUACUCCUCGACCCUGAGGUGGACUCCGGUACAAGUGUCCAAAACUACAUGGACACUCGCAUGGCCGGAUCAUCGUUGUUCGCAAACGAGCUGUAG